AUGGAUGACACUGUUUUGGAUAAUCCUACUCUUUAUCGACAGCUCGUUGAAGGUUUCGUCUACUUGACUGUCACACGACCAGACAUUGCCUAUCCAAUUCAUGUUCUUAGCGAGUUCUUGUUAGCUCGUACUAAUCACUGUGCGGCAGUUUUUCGCAUUCUUCGCUACAUCAAAAGCACUCUGUUUCAUGGCCUUUAUUUUUUUAUCCAUUCAUCUUUAACCCUUCAAGUGUACUUUGAUGCUGAUUGGGUUGGUGAUCCCACUAAUCGUCAUUCUACUACUAGUUAUUGUUUGUUUCUUAGUGACUCUCUCAUUUCCUGGCGAGCCAAGAAACAAAAGUUCACUGCUCGAUUAUGCACCAAAUCUGAAUAUCAUGCUCUCGCUGACACUACUGCUGAGAUUGUCUCGAUUCGCUAG